CCAACUUGCGUCUUCUCUUCUCACUCACGUCGCACGAGCAGAAACCCUAAACCGGCGCGGUUGCCGCCUUCUUCUUCUACAGUGCGCCCUGUGAGCUGCCCGAUCAGCCCACGCCGGAGCGCCUCCGACGUCGUCGUUGUCCGAUUCUUCCGGAGGCGUUUCAGAGCAAGCCACGUUAUCCGUGCCGGAACACCCGUUCCGGCCGUUCCACGUCCGUUCCGACGAACCAUGCUUCUCCUUCUCCCGCUCUAGUGUCCGGCCAAUAGCUGCAGAGGUGGAGUAAUGAGAGAGGAUAAGAACGUGGUCGCAUCCUCACCGCCCAACGGAGUCGUCGCUGAUGGUCCUCCAGUCGACACUGCAGUGCCGCUGUCGUCGCAUGGCAAAGUAAAGCCAGGAACAGUUAGUUGGGUUACAGCAACAAUUGUUGGAGUAUUUGCAGGGUUGCUAUAUGGUGGAAGCAAAGAGGCUUCUGCAUCUGUAAGCAAGGAUGCAGAAGUUACAUUAAAGCUAGGGAGUACACGUGACAAGCGUGAACAGUAUAGAAUAAUGAGAGAUGCAAUGGAGAAAAGGUUUAUUCGUGUUGCUCGUGGUUCACUUGUUGGUGGUGUCCGCCUUGGCAUGUUCACUGCAGCAUUUUAUGGCUUGCAAGACUUACUGGCUGAAAAACGAGGUGUUCAUGAUGUGUAUAAUGUGGUCACCGCUGGUUCUGCUACCGCUGCUACGUUCGGUCUUAUAUUGCCAGGGUCCCCAAUGUGGCGUGCAAGGAAUGUAUUGCUUGGUUCUGUUUUGGGAGCUGGAAUCUGUUUCCCUCUGGGAUGGGUUCAUCUGAAGCUGGUGGAAAUGGCAAACAAAGAGCUAUCAAAUUCUAAGUCUGCUGACACAGAAGGGCAGAACGAUACAAAUAAAACUGGUGUUGGUGCAGCCAUAGAGAAGCUUGAAGAACGCCUACGUCGAUAGCUAAUAGUUUCUGCGAUCUUGGUCGUUGGAUGGACAAAAUGUUACAAGGUUUUGUGAUGUUCCUAGCGGUAUAAGAGUGCAUGGUGGAUCCAAUGCCGCCUCUGAGAGGAAUAACUGCAUGAAGUUUCAGCAAAGAAUUUCAUAAAAUAUUAAUGGCAUAGUUCAACUUCUCUUUGCCAAUAUCUGGAAAGUGAUGAGAACUAAUUGUUUUAGGUACUCAUUCAUUGGAAGGUUAUAUAAUUUUCAAAGUCUAUGGAUUUUUUUUAAAUUUAAAACAAUGGCAAUAAUUCUUGGAGAUUUGUUAUAGUUA